UCAACACACAUGCGCAGUAUAACGAAAAAUUGCAAGAAAACAGAUUCUAGAAAUUUUGUUUUUUUCUUCAACAAAAUAAAUCUGCAAGAGAAUCUCUCUAACUUUUAGGGGUUUGUUUGAGAAUUUCUGUCUAUGGAUCACAGAACAAGGAAAAGAGUCAGAGAUGUCAAAGAUAAAGCUCGACCUGAGCUGCGCUCAGAAAAAAAUGGAUGGUCAAAAUACAACUACUGUGAAAGCUUUGAUUUAGACAAAGAAAAAGUGAGAAAAAAAGAUACUGUUGACAGAGUAGAUACUACAAAUAUAUCAUAUGAAGAAUUUAUUGAAAAAUAUGAGAAGACAUACACCCCAGCUGUAUUAGUUAAUGAUCAAAAUAACUGGAUGGCAAAGAAAAAAUGGACUUUAGAUAGACUUGCCAAGAAAUAUAGAAAUCAAAGAUUUAAGUGUGGAGAAGAUGAUGAAGGGUAUUCUGUAAAGAUUAAGAUGAAGUAUUUUGUAGAAUAUAUGAAAAAUAAUAAUGAUGACAGUCCAUUGUACAUAUUCGACAGUAGUUAUGGUGAGCAUGCCAAAAAGAAGAAACUAUUAGAAGAUUAUGAAAUGCCACCAUAUUUUCAAGAUGAUUUGUUUCGAUAUGCUGGAGAAGAAAAACGUCCACCUUACCGAUGGUUUGUAAUGGGACCAGCUAGAUCAGGUACAGGAAUACAUAUUGAUCCUCUAGGUACUAGUGCAUGGAAUGCUUUAGUUAGUGGCUAUAAAAGGUGGUGUUUAUUACCAACUACAACACCACGUGAAUUAAUUAAAUUAAAGAGUGAGGAGGGUGGUAAACAGAAAGAUGAAGCUGUAACAUGGUUUAAUCUAGUUUAUCCUAAAACACAAUUACCUAGCUGGCCACAAGAAUAUAAACCUUUGGAGAUCUUACAGAAACCUGGUGAAACAGUAUUUGUGCCUGGUGGUUGGUGGCAUGUUGUUAUUAAUUUAGAUGAUACUAUAGCUGUUACACAAAACUUCUCUAGUGUAACAAACUUUCCUAUAGUCUGGCAUAAAACAGUUAGAGGUAGACCCAAAUUAUCCAAAAAAUGGUACAAAAUCUUAAAGAAAGUGAGACCUGAAAUUGCUGCAGCAGCUGAUAAAGUGAAAGUAUCGGAACCAACUGGUUUUAAUUCUGAUAGUAGUAGUUCUAAUUCCUCUAGUUCUAGUAGUGAUGAUAGUUCUGAUAGUGAUGACUCUGAAGCUGCUGUUAAACGACGAAAGACAACUCAUUCAAAUCAACGAACACAUUCACCGAACGGCAGCAGAUCUCGGAGAUCUCGAUCACUUAGUUCAGACAGACGAGAACACUCUAGUAGAAGCGUGUCCAGUACUCCCAAAAAUUACAGAUAAUGAAGACCUUCAUGUAAUCACUAACCAAGCAGAUUUUAUUAUUACAAAGUUACUAUGAGCGACAUGUGUUGUUGCGUAAGUUCAAAGAGCGUUAAAUUUUGUUUAUUAAAUUAUUAUUGAAUCCAGGUGUGUAUUUUAUUACCUCUCAUGUGCAGUUAAAUGAAAGCAAUUAUUGUUAAAGUUAUUACUUAGUAAGAUAGUGUCUUAGAGAAACUGAUUUGUAAUAUACAUAUGUAGUAGCAACUUGUGAUACUGAAAGUUAUAAUAUGCAGUGCUUUUAUCUUAUCUUAGUGCCAUCUUAGAAAAUUUUUAAGAUCUUGUCCAGAUUAUUUCAUGCUGAACAAAUUUUUGUCAUAAUUCAGGCAUAUUAUUUUGGGAUACCAUAGCAACAGAAAACAGUAAGAAAGAAGCAAAUAUUCAAUCUGAUCUAUGAUCAUUAUCCUGCAACAUUGAUUUUGGUUAAAUUUAGAGAAUAUCAAAACAAAUUUUCUCCUCCUAUUAUAUUCAACAAGUGGACAAUGGUCUUAAAACUUGACUUUUUAGUUUUUAGGUAUUCAUUCAUACAUUUCUCAGAGAAUGUGCAAUUAAGUAGGUGUAGAAUUAAAUAUGGCUAACUGGAAAGUGGUGCUUUGAAAGCUGAUUGAAGACUUAAAAAAUAUGAAUCAUUCCUAAGCAUUGUUACCAAAGGCAGUAGGUUAACACAUCAUGAGAAGUCAAACUGUUCUAUUUAUAUAUAUAUAUAUAUAUAUUGUAGUUACUAAGAAGAAUAUUUGAGCAUGUUCUGUUAUACCUGUAAUUUCAAUAACUGUAUAUUCAUUGUAAUGCAAAUUAGACUAUAUUGAAUCUGCAGGCAUAAUCAGUGAAAUGUGUUAUUAAAAAUAUGUAAAUCUAUAAUAUUUCUCAAGAUCUGAGUGAUUAGGCGUUGAUACUCUAUUUUCUCCUCUGUUAGUUGUUAAAUGUAGUAUUACAAGACCUGAAAAUACAUAUUUUAAAUGUAACUGACAAAAUGUCAGGCUCUAUGGAAGUUGUACUACAAUAUUUCUGUCAAUAAAACUACAGAGAUAUGACAAGUCUGUGACAAAAACACUGACAGGGCAGGGGGAACUGUGUCUGACAGAGCAUAAAUUUUUGUCAUAAUUCAGGCACGUUAUUUUGGGAUACCAGAGCAACAGAAAACAAUAAGAGAAAAGUGGAUUUUAUUUCCUAGCUUGUCUAUAGGAGAAAGGAACAGAUAUUUAAUUGAUUAAAUUUGAUGUAUUUAUUGAAGACAGAGGUGUAGUUAUUUUAGAUGGCUGUUGUCAACGAUUUCAUUAUAGUUUAAAGAUCAAAUCUUUUAUAGACAAGUAUUCAUUCAUCGCAUAUGUAUAAAACAUUAAAUGAUGACAAACUUCAUGCCAAAAUAAGGUCUUGAAUUAUCACUAAUGUGUUUUAACAAUAUUCCUUUAGGUUGUUAUUAGGAAUAAAUAUUGUUGUUUUUAUUUA